GCGGCCGCGGCGAGCCAUGUUGAGCCCGGCCCCCGGGGAGCAGCUGCACCUGGCCAGCUACGUGGAGGACUACCUGGACUCGGUGGAGUCGCUGCCGUGCGACCUGCAGCGGAGCGUGUCGCUGAUGCGGGAGAUCGACGCCAAGUACCAAGAGGUGCUGAAGGAGCUGGACGAGCACUACGAGAAGUUCCGGCGCGAGGCGGACGGCGGCCUGAAGCGGCGGCUGCUGCACGGCAUCCAGCGCGCGCUCAUCCGCAGCCAGGAGCUCGGCGACGAGAAGAUCCAGAUCGUGGGCCAGAUGCUGGAGCUCGUGGAGAACCGCGCGCGCCAGGUGGACAGCCACGCCGAGCUCUUCGAGGCGCCCCCCGAGCCGGGCGAGCCCGCGGGCAACGGCGGCCGGCCCGGCCAGGAGCGCGCCCGGGGGGACGCCGCGCCCGCCGACCGGCCCCACAGCAAGCGCGCGCGCCGGCAGCGCAACAGCGAGAACCGGGAGAACGCGGCGGGCAACCACGAGCACGACGAGCCCCCGGCGGGCGCGCCGCGGGAGAAGAAGGCCAAGGCCUCCAAGAAGAAGAAGCGCGCCAAGGCCAAGGCCGAGCGCGCCGCGUCCCCCGCCGACCUCCCCAUCGACCCCAAUGAGCCCACCUACUGCCUGUGCGACCAGGUCUCCUACGGGGAGAUGAUCGGCUGCGACAACGACGAGUGCCCCAUCGAGUGGUUCCACUUCUCCUGCGUGGGCCUGAACCACAAGCCCAAGGGCAAGUGGUACUGCCCCAAGUGCCGCGGGGACAGCGAGAAGACCCUGGACAAGGCCCUGGAGAAGUCCAAGAAGGACAGGGCCUACAGCAGGUAGCCGGCCGGCGGGCAGGCCGGGCGCGGAGUCUCAGUGAGUGUCGGACAGGCCGUCCCCCCGGCGGCGGCGGGUCUCCACCCCCGUCGCACGCGCGCGUGUGGGGAUGGCCGGCGGCCGGCGUCCCAGGGACAGCAGGCUCGGGCGCGGACUGCACGGGCGGGCGAGCCUCGGCCGGAGCCUGGGGUUGCGGGCGGCGACCUGGAAGCAGCCUAACACGUUAACUGUAAAAGAAAAGAUUUCAUUCAGCUACUAUUUUAUUUUAAUAAAAUAAUGUUAUUCCUUUACGAGAAAGAAUUUUUAAUGUCAGGUUGCUAAGAACGCAGUCCACGGCAGAGGCGUGUCUUGCUCUAACGAUGUGCAUCCGUGUCACAACUCAAUAAAAAGGUUUAAAGCGUGAAGAUUAUUUUUUAAAAAGGUAAAUGGUUAAAUUUUACAUGAUGAACAUUUUUUACGCUGGCCUGUUCCCCAGGCGGCCAUUUUUACAUGAUUGGGCACGUUUUUGUAUUGAACCAAACAGAAGCAGCUCGGGAAGGAAGGCAGCGAGGCGUCCUGCCGCGCCCAGCGCUGUCCGGCUCCCGGCUGUGCCCCGGGCCAGGGGACGGCGCGCCCAGUUGCUGGACAUGCACCAGCCACACGCGACCUGCUUUGUGCGCGCCGCACAGACGUGGCGAGAAGUGACCAGGCUUGGCCGGUGUGUCGCUAGCAGCGCCUCCUGACGUGGCCGCUCAAAAAAAAACCUUUGUCUUCACAGUCUGUACACCAGCAGCUCUGCCAAAGCCUUAAGCGAAUGUGGUACAACGCGCUCUCUCGAGGGCGAUGGAGAAGUCACCCGAGCGCGGAAAUGAGCGUCAGCCCCACCGCAGGGACCGGUGCUGGGAAGCGACCCCGCGGCCGCACCGCCGGCCACGCUGCCCGGUGCGUGGCCUGUGAGUUAAUGGCCUGUUGGUUGUUAAAUGGUUAAAAAUAAAAGAAUCCUGUGGCACGUGAACAUUACCUGAAGGGAGGCUGUUGUGGGUGAAGAAGCCUCCCUGGCACCCGCCACGCCCACGCAGCCGCUGGCGCCGGGUGCUGGAGGGGGUGAGCUCCCCUCGGUCCGGCUGACGGAGCCCGGCCGUCGGUCCUGAGGCGGUGCCGCGGCGUUUUCAUUUCGAAAUAAGAAGCGGUCGCGUCUCCUCCGAGUCCUGUCUGUCUGGCCUGCUGCGUUGUCCCGCGAAGCUACCGCAGGAAGAACCCAUCGGCCUUGCUGUUGCGUCUGGUCGACGCGGCGCGUGUCGAUGAUCGGAAAACAAGCUGAUUUCUGUUUCUUUGCUUUGUGGAUAAGCAAUUAUUGACAACUUUUAUUUGCGUUAGACAGAACUCCUGACUUUUAUAGUGAAUUUCCAUUGUAGAGGGCUAUUUGAUAAAAACAUGCAAAUUAUAGUUGCUCCUCCAUUAAAAUGUGAACUUUUUCAGAUCAAAAAUAAACUUUUACUUUCUGGCAAAACCCCAACAUUUAAGAACCUUGAUUGAAUUUGACAAGAUUCGCCAACACAAAUAAUGAACAAAAGGUUUGGGAUACUUGACAAAUCAGUGGCAAUAAAAGUAAAAAGUAUUAUAUAAAAUUGUAUUUGCUGGUUUUUCACUUUUUUAAGGCUUCUGGAUUUAUGAGUGAAGAUGGCUAGAACACACCUGCGCACACCCCGUCUCCUUGUGUCUGCUCUGUGGGGGGUUCACAGCUCUAGUGGAGCCACGGCAGUGUGGGGCCCCAUCUUAGUUCCAGCGGUUGCUUGCCCUGAGUUGGGGUCUUCACUCAGCGCGUGCUCGUCACCUUCAAAGUGCCUGUUCCUCGUAGGCUGCUUCUCGGGCAUGAGGAGGCUCCUCGAGCAAGGGGCCGGCCUGGGCAGUCAGUCAUGGCCUGGAUCCCCACCCCCCGGUCUUUCAUGAAAUGCCCAAGAAAAGCAAAAAGCUGGGUGUUUUUUCUUGCAAAGAUGCAGCGUUGCAGAGAGACUCGGCUGGAUCUGGCCAACUAAAACCAUUUUUGCCCAGGACACAGGAAAAGCACCGGCGAGUGCCGAGAACAGUCAGGGUGAGACCCCUGGAGAGGUCCAGGGGGCUGGCUGGCCGGUGAAGAGCUCCCUGCCGCAGAACGGCCUGUCGCGUCCAGGCAUGACAGGUGUGUGGAGCGACGACCAAGUCACUAGUCAGAUAAGGCGUUUCCGUCAGCACAUCACGCUUGGUGUUUGCAGCUGGACCGGGGAAGCCGGGUCGCCAGUUCUGUGGUGCCUGGACAGCCUUGGCCUGGUGUGGGCUGAGCCCUCCGGAGGGGCGGAGGCAGCGCCCGGCCCAGCACGAGCACGACGAUCAAAUGCAGCGUCUUGUUACCUGGGGGACCUCGGGAGGAGCGAGUGCUCAGACCAGCCUCGUGUCUCACCUUCCCGUGGCGGCCCGGGGGAACUGUGUGAAGGGGAGCGCUUCCGCGGGCCUCCCGGGGGUGCAGGGCUUGUCUCGGCACAAGGAUGUGUUUAUACUUUUUAAUUGUUAUUUUCUUUAACUUUUACUAAAAAAAAAAUCAAACUUCAUGUAGAAGACCGGGAGGAGAUGGACCCCGC